GCUAGCGGGCAUCAAUUAGCCGCAUUCGAGUCAACCGCAACGGCCCUCGAAGGCGGAAGGCGGAAGGCGGAGGACGGAGAGCCAUGGCGAGGCCCGCCCGAGGUCUCUUCACUCUCUCCGCUCUUCUUCUCUUCUCCUCUCUUCCAUUCUCUCUCGCUUCGCCAAAGAAGCCAGCUUCGGCUGCGAGGAAAGAGGACAUUCCCUUCAUAAGGUGCCAGGUCUGUGAAAAGAUCGCCCACCAGAUCUACAACCAGGUCGGGAAGAAGGCGGCCCGGAUCGCCCCUAAAAAGGUUUCGGAGUUUGAGAUCAUUGAGAUCGCGGAGAGUGUUUGUAAUUUGAAGAAGCAACAGGCGGAUUGGAUCCUUCACAUCGAUAUUGUUGAGAAAGGAGAUAAACUGGAGCUCGUUGAGCAGGGAACUGAAGGGCAAUGCAAUUCAGAAUGUAAGACCAUUGAGCGUGCUUGUCAAGAGGUAAUGGGUUAUGCAGAUACUGAUGUUGCUGAGUUUUUCUUCAAAGCCAGGCCUUCAGUUGAUUUGUUGGUGAAAUUUCUCUGCAAUGACAUUUCCAAAGCAUGCUCGGUCAAGCCACCACCCAUUCCUGAGGAUAGAAUUCCUGGAGAACCUUUUCUUUCAAAGCUAUCUAAAGAUGCUGAAAUGGAAAAGAUUUUGAGAUCCAUGGAGGGUAUGCCAGGAGCACCAAGCAUGAAAAUGUAUUCUAGAGAAGAUUUGAUGAACAUGAACAAUUUUGGCGAUGUAGAAGCUGAUGAAGAUGAGGAGGACGAUGAAGAUGACUUUCCUACAAAAUUGGGCAAAGUUUUAAAAAAUAAAGAUCCUCCCAAGAAAGAUCUGAAACAGAGGAUCCUACAAGGAAUUACAGAGACUGGGAAGCAGGUUAAGAGGCAUGUGAACAUAGUAUCACAAACAAUCAGGAAAUGGUGGCAGGGAAAGCAAAAGAUUUCUAAACCUCCAAGGACUGCCAAAAGUGAGCUUUGAGACAGGAUCCCUUUGUCCCUGAAAUUCUCAUUCAUGGCACGAGAUACAACAAGUUAUGUUCUUGAUUCUAGAAACAUGACAAGAACCUUUUAUCUGCUGAGUUUCCAUACCUAUGGGCCUUCCCAGGCCAAAGAUCAGAGGGGUUCUAUAGCACUUUAUUUUUCAAGUACAAAUUGGUUGUGAUUUUGAGGAAUGGACGAUUGAGCUUGUUGAGAAGAAAUAGAGCUACAGAGUCAUGAAAACAAUCUUGUAACUUUAGAAUUCUCCCAGGGAACUAGUAUUCUCACAAGCUCAAAAGUGAUCGGUAACAGCAAAACUAUCCUGCUUAGAAUAAUAUUACUGGUGAAAACUCCACGCUAAACUGAUUUCACAUCCUAUAACGGAUGCACAUUAA